AUGAAUUUACGUCAACAGCUGGGUUCUGGCCUCAGCAUGGCCAUGGUCCUGGCCAGCGCCUUUGCGUUUUGGAAGCUAUUUUCCAUUGUGACCAUGUCGAACUCUCCAAUUGUGGUUGUUCUUUCUGGGUCGAUGGAGCCAGCUUUCCAGCGAGGAGACGUGCUGUUCCUUUGGAAUAGAGAAGAGUAUGUUGGAGUAGGAGACGUUGUGGUUUACAAAUUGCAAGAGAAAGAUAUCCCAAUUGUGCAUAGAGUUGUUAGAGAACACAGGGUGGUGGAGAAAGACAAAAAGACCAAGAAAAAGGUGCAAAAGCAGCUGCUUCUGACAAAAGGAGAUAACAACGAGCGAGAUGAUCUACCACUAUACGCCUAUGGACAGCAGUAUCUUGAAAGAAAAAGAGACAUUCUCGGGAGGGUGUUUGGAUACGUACCUUUGGUUGGAUAUGUUACCAUCCUCAUUACAGAAAACGUCUACUUCAAGUAUGCCCUGAUGGCUUUACUCGGUCUGUCUGCUUUAGUGCAGGAUGAAUAA